CGCCCGUCAUGAAUUAACCUCUACAAUGGAGCGCCUAUCACCCCUGGGUGCGUGUACGCAUUGUCUCAUAAGGAAAGCUAAGGACACCAUUUGCAUCCCAAUUAGCGAAGAGAGUUUUGCCGGCAAGUGAAAAGCAACACGAUACCACUGUACUUUGAACGUUUGGAGGACGCUAUUGUCUGGAUUAAGGAAUUGAAAGUGAAAUUGCCAAAAUUAUCGCGUUGCGUUCGAUUAGUUGUUUGAUAACCCGAAUUGUGUUUGUGUAUUGUGUUAAUCUGGAUAUUAGAUGACAAUGGAGAGAAUACCUAGAGUCCUCUUGAGUAUAGCCUUAGCUGCUCUCUUGCCGAUUGCCGCACCAAAUAUUCAUGAGGAACAAGCCAAAGAAAACAUCCCUCAUUCGCGGCAAAAGAGGAUUCUAUGGAUAACCAACGAUGGUCGCUUAGCACUACCACCGGGAACUACUAUGUCAAUUACUCCUUCUAUAUCGAUGCCUUUUGUAAGGCAUCCACCGAAGGGAUUUCUCUCAAACAUGACUAUAAGUUUCCCGUUUACGAGUACAAUAAUGUAUCAGCUGGAAUGUAAAAUCGACUUCGAUAAACUGGGACUGACAGAUAACGAAAACCCGUACGGUGAUUUGCCGCCAAUUUUUGCAAGGUCUAUGGGCAGCACAGCGGCCUCUCUAAUGGCAGACUAUGUUGGCCAAUAUUUGGAUCAUAGACGGGGAAAACGAUCCACAGACAAAAUGAUACCGCCUGAAGCUGAGAAGCUGGUUCUUGACAGAUUUCACGGCGGAGAAAGAGCCCUCAUGUAUGGAAUUGCAGAGGACCUAUUAGCCAAUUUUGGCUUAGAUGGAAAAGAGUGUCUUUUGCGUGCAAUUUGCGAAGUGCACGCGCAUCCUUUACACAACUUUGGCUUCCUUGGGGAGGUUAUGAAGUUGUUCUUUAGCCCAACAAAAUCCCCUUACGCAAGUCUUUUGGAUGAAUAUGUAACAGCUCAAAAGGCUGGAGAAUCGGGAGGUGAAUGCUGGCCGUACUACAGGCUAUGUCCAAAGAGCAUAUUUCAAUCGACGCAAAAUAAAUAUGCGGAAGAUGCCGAAAAAUUCCAUAGACAAGAAAAUAUUGACGAAAAUAAUAUAGAAACGAAAGCUAUGUAAGAUACUCCCAAAUGUAGCGAUAGUGUCCAACCAAAGUCCAAUAAAAAUGUAGUCGUUACAAAAAUUUUGAUCAAUGAUGCCAGAUUCAAAAAAAUGAUUAAACUGUAUAGUGGUACAAAUCCUGAUGUAAGCAAGAUCAAAAAAUUAACUUAUACUGAUUUCAUGAAGUUGAAUAGUUUUUUUUUCUUUUUUGAGGACAGUCCUGUUAUCAAGAAAUAUUAUAAAUAUAAAUUAACGCCGGUAAAUAAAAGUGAAGUCGAACAAAUAAUUAUCAAUUUUGUAUAAAUUGAGUAGAGUUCCAUGGUCGCUUCUAGAACUAAAGAAAAAUAGAUAUACAAUAAACAAAGAAACAAAAAUUGUUAUGGAAUUUAGUAUCAUUAUAAUGAAUGUGCUGGGAACCCUGACACAAGUAUUUUUUACUUAAAAGGACUUUCAUAUCUUACACAUUGUAAUAAUAAAUUGAAGUAUUUCCGAACCACUUGGACUUAGGGUCCUUCAAAAAAAGAGCGUACCAAUUCUUAAAAAGCCUACAACGCACUCGCCAAUCCUCUGGCAUUGCGAGUGUUUUUCUAUGGCAGUAUCACUUAAAAUCAUGUGAGCCUCCUCCAGCUUGCAAAAACACAAAAAGACGAAAUGAAAAAUGUGACAAAUAGUGUGACAUAUAGGGCACGAUGCAUAUGUUAUUAUAAUGAUUUCCUAAUACUCGAUUUGAUGCGAUAAUUUUACGCAAUUCAUUGGAAUUAGCACCACUAUUUGCUUUAGUUUUAUUCAUACUAGAAAUAACUGUUCAUUUUAUUCAAUCGCGAGCCAGUAAUGAAAUCGAGUACAAUCAAGUGAGUCUUGGUAUCAUUGAGAAAUGAGAUUCAUAAACAUAACAAUAACUGUAAAUGCAAAAAGUAAUAGUUAUUCGUAUCUUAAAUGAAUGUAAAAAGAUUAUAAUAUCCACAAUUUUCGCUUAAAAACUAAAA